GUUAUACGCUACUGAAAUCAAUGCAGCUGAUUUGCUGUUGUAUAAUUCGUUAUAGAGAUGUCACACUUGUUUUUUUAUUUAAAAAAAAUAUGAAACAGGGGCCCUUCCUAGCCGAUUAACUUUUGUUCCCUUCUCGUAUUCAUUUCAAAUUGAGCUUGUCUCUCUGGUCCUUGUCUUCACGGAGGAACUUGUGAGGAGACCGAUACAGGAUUUAACUGCACCUCCUGCUUAGAUGGCUACCGUGGUGACAGGUGCGAGUAUGAUGCAUUCAUCCACACCUUAAAACUCGUUGGAGGAAACCAAAAUGAAGGACGAAUCGUUUUCACAACUCGCACCAAUCCUACCAAGUUCAUGCCGAUUCACCAAGAGCACUGGAACAAAAACUCAUCUGACCUGAUCUGUCGAUAUCUCGGGUUUGAAGGCGCGUUUGCCACUGUAAGCGGAGUGCAAUACAAUGCCUCGUCCAUAGACGCCAAUGUCGAAGCUGCAGCAGUGAUAUGUCCACCUAAUACCACAAAUAUUACCGACUGCUGGCACAAUGAAACGAUGGAGACUGUGAAUGAGGAGAACAUAGCAGUCGUCUGCUGUCCGGAACUCAUGUGUAAUCCACUCGGUGAUCCACUUGGACUUGAAAGAGGCACUAUUCCUGACUCUGCUAUUACCUCUUCUGGUUGUAUUAAUUCGACAUCUUAUUGCACUCAGCAUGCCCGUCUUAACGGCCCGUCUGCUUGGGUCCCGAAUGCGGCAAACCCGAGGUGGGUCGACGUCCAGUUUGAAUCAAGCUGUGUAGUAACGGGCAUCGCCAUUCAAGGAAGCCAACCGCCGUAUUUUUGGACUACGUCAUACACUAUCUCAUUUGGCACAAGCAGUGGGGAUCGGUAUGACUAUGUCGACGUGUAUUCCCAAAAAAUCCAGAUGUUCCCAGGAAGUUAUGACCUAGAACCCGCAGUGACCAAUGCCUUCGUGGUACCAAUGUUGGCAAGCUCAGUUCGGAUCACACCAUACAGCUACUAUGGGAUCGCUCUUCGGCUGGAGCUCUACGGGUACGGACCUCUCAAUGAAAUCAUAGCAUCUAUGAACCACGGUGUUCAGCUGGGCUGCACCCCUCCUGUCCUCGGAAAGGGGCUUGGGGUCGAAGAUGGAAGGAUACCAAACAGUAGUCUCACCUAUUCAUCAGAUCCAUAUGGCGGGAGGCUGAAUGCCAUCGGCAUGGAUGGUGUAUCCGGUGGCGUGUGGGUUGCGUCCAUAAGUGAUCAAGCUCAAAGUGAUCAAAAUAGAUGGAUGAAGGUCGACUUAGGAAAGGAUUGCAAUGUUACCGGUGUCAUAACUCAAGGCAGCCCUAAUGGCCCCCGACGGUAUACAGCUUUCCUGAUUUCCUAUUCAUUAGACAACAAUGUAUGGACCUUUGCAUUGGAAAGAGAAUGCGGAUCGCGCAAAACAUAUCCAGGGAACUUCGAUGGGUCUUCUUUAUUGACGAUACUUUUUCCUAAACCAGUAAGAGCACGUUACAUCCGAGUGCAUCCCACGCAAUGGAAUCAAGGUGGUGGACUGCGAUUAGAGAUACUCGGGGUGGACAACUGAUUUGAGGGACCCUCUGCGUAUACAACUAAUACACCAGUUUACGGUUAGGGGCGCCAUUUUAAUUGGC